CACGCGAUCACUAGCAGUAGCAGUACAGUGUCAAAAAUGCCUUCUCGCGGUCGUGGGUUUCGGAAUCAAAUUCCACAUGUUCAAAGUCAGGAAUUCAGCAGAACGCCAACCCAACAGUGGAAUUCCAGUUUCGAGACAGUAUCUGUAGGGUCCAAUGAUGUUGGUAAAAUAAUUGGUAGACAAGGAAGCAAGAUCCGUGAACUUCAAGAUGACAGUGGUGCUAGAAUAAAGGUUCCAAGAGACCAGGAAAACGAUGAUGGCACAGUCCCUGUUGAGCUUCGAGGGACCGAGGAGGCCAUCGAGAAGGCUAGACAGAUGAUAGAAGAGCUGCUGAGACCAUCAAUGUCUUACAAAUCCAGAGCAUCUCUCCCAAGUACUGCAGCAACGGCACCAAAUGGAGAAUACAAAAGACCCGUGAUCAAUUGGAAGCAGGCUAUUGCGAACGCUGCCAACAGCGAAAUGGAAAAAUGGCACGAUUAUCCUGAAGUUGUGAAGGAUUUCUACAUCAUAGCACCAUCGGUGGAAAACUUGACACAGUCUGAAGCACAGGAAAUCAGAGAGAAUUUGGGAGUAACCAUAGAUGAUGAUUGUAAGGAUAACCCCAGGCCUGUCCCCAAACCAGUCCGAACAUUUGAAGAAGCAUUCCACCAUUACCCUGAGAUUAUGCGAGAGAUUCGCAAACAGAAAUUUGAAAAGCCUUCUGCCAUUCAGUCGCAAGGUUGGCCUGUUGCCUUGAAAGGUCAUGAUCUGAUCGGCAUAGCGCAGACUGGAAGCGGGAAGACGUUAGCCUUCCUACUACCAGCUCUCAUUCACACCGACCUGCAACCAAUACCCAGAGAACAGCGUGGCGGACCUAACGUCCUGGUCCUAUCACCAACUAGAGAGUUGGCAUUACAGAUCAAAGAAGAAGUUAGCAAGUAUUCCUAUAAGGGUAUCAAGAGUGUGUGUGUGUAUGGUGGCGGCAACAGAAGGGAGCAGAUCAACAUCGUCCAGAAAGGAGUUGAGAUCAUCAUUGCCACACCCGGCAGACUGAAUGACCUCAUCAUGAAUGAGAUUGUAGACGUCAAAUCAGUUACAUUCCUUAUACUGGAUGAAGCAGACCGUAUGUUAGACAUGGGCUUCGAACCACAGAUCAUGAAGAUCUUGCUGGAUGUACGACCAGACAGACAGACCAUCAUGACCAGUGCUACGUGGCCUGAUGGUGUACAGCGACUUGCCAGAAAGUACAUGAAGAAUCCAUUCCAUGUUAACGUUGGAUCGUUAGACCUCUCAGCAUGCCAUAGUGUUACUCAGUUGGUGGAAGUCAUUGAUGAAGAAUACAAGAAAGAACGGUUAGUAGACUUCAUUUCAAGCCUACAAGAAGAUGAGAAGCUACUGGUCUUUGUGGGACGCAAAUCCACGGCAGAUGAGCUGUCAUCCGAGAUGUCACUCCUGGAUAUUUCUGUCCAAUGUAUCCAUGGCGAUAGGGAACAAUACGACAGGGAGCAGGCCCUUGCUGAAUUCAAAGAAGGUUCAGUGCGUAUCCUGAUAGCCACAGACGUUGCAUCUCGUGGCCUGGACAUCAAGGAUAUCACGCACGUCUUAAACUAUGACAGCCCCAGCCACAUUGAGGAGUAUGUGCACAGAGUCGGUCGCACGGGUCGUGCUGGGCGUACUGGUACCUCCUUGACCUUGAUGACACGUCGCGAUUGGCGUUGGGCUGCGGACAUCAUGCGCAUCAUGGCUGAAGCUAACCAGGAAAUCCCUGACGACCUGUUGGAAAUGGCUGAAAGAUUUGAGCGGCACAAAGAAAAGAAAGAACAGGAACGCGCAAUGGAGAGAGAAAACGGCGGCGGUGGCUACAGAAACAGGGACGGUGGAAGGGGCUAUGGGGGAGGGGGGUACAGGGGAGGAAGUCGGGAUAGACCACGUGAGGGCGGUUUUGGGUUUGGUGGUGGGUUUGGAGGUGGGCGUGGGAGAGGAGGGAGGGGUGGCAGACGAGGUGGCCGUAGCGAUGAUGGCUUCCAGGGUUUCUUUAUGAGUUAGUGCCAGUGUUUGUAUACACGAUGACAUCUGUUUCUCGUGGUGCUAUUGUGUUGGAGCCCAUGGACUUGACUGGACAUUUUACAGUGCAAUAUAAGCCGAUGUUGCCGUAACAGUUGUUGAAGUCAUUUAAAGAGUUGUCGCCAGUGGUGACUGGGCUUUUGGCCUGCAUGGGAGAUUACAUAAAAUUUUCAGAAGUGGAGUCAAAACAUCCCUAGAUCUUAGCCCAGUGUUAGCCCAGAUAUUGUCAGUCCUCUAAUUCAAGUUGCUUUGCCAGCAUACUGAUAGUUUGUAAGUUUUGAAGGGUCAGACAUUUGGGUCAAUUUUCUCCCAGAUCGUGUUGAAGCAACAUCCAAUUGUGGUUUACAUGUAUAUUAAUUUUUAAUUUACCACUUCAAAAUUGAAGUAAUGUUCUGUUGUCCAUCCAACCAAUUAUGAUGUUUCACACGUAAAUGCCUCAGAAGGUGCAACUAGGUGAAGACAUCGGACAUUUACUGACCAAUACCUUGUUUGUUUGCGCAAAGCUAGUGCGCCGGCAGGUUCCACAUGCGCGCCGGCAGGUUCCACAUGCGCGCCGGCAGGUUCCACAUGCGCGCAAUGAAGCAAUGCGAUGUCACCCUCAGUGUGUGACAUACGUUUUUAUAGACCAGACAUGUGGCUGUCCUAGACCAAUGAAAAUACAGUAUCCAAGCACACGAUAUAACAAUAAUUGUUGUGAUGUACUUUGCAUCUGCUUAGAAAGACCCAGGGUUGAAGGAGCUUUAGUUGUAGGCCAUAUUUUGUUGUAGGGGCCUGGUUGUGGACAACGUCCCUCGCCUGUGGUUUGGGACAUUUUCAGCAUCCAGGCCCCUAGCUGGUGUUAAAGGAACUUGUUCAAAACUGGCCAAGCACAUAUUUAUUCCUUUAUUUAUAAAUACCUAAGACAGUUUCACAUUCCCAUUGGUCGAGAGCCCGUCAUGUGGCCGGUCUUAAACGGAUGAUUAAAACGCUGCUGGUUAGUCUUCAACACUUUUCCUGUGUCACAGGAAAUUUGGACUCCUAUGAUAUCCAGUGCCUUUAAUGGUUUUAUUGGUUGAACGUUCAUCCUCACGUAGGCAUGGGCAAUACUACUAGUGAGUCAGUAUUUCAUCGACCUAAAUUCACAACGCACUCACCACAGCUGCAUCUGCACGACAUCGCGCAGUACAUGCAGUAUGUGCGACCACGACACAUGCCAAUCUCCAUAAAAGGAUUUGUUUACGUCUUGCUCAUGAGCUGGACACUCCAUUAUACAGCUAAAGUUUUGUUUUAUCUUUGACUUGUUUUAAUUUGGAAAAGGUAUUCAUGAAUGGGUAUAAAUAUGUGCUUGGUCGGUAUUAAACACUCUGUUUAAUACCGGUUGGAGUCUUGAUGCUGAUAAUUACCCUCGUCUUUGGCUCAUGUGAAUAUCAGCAUGCAACUCCAACCAGUCUUAAACAUAAAGUUUAACACCUCCCAAGCACACGUAUUCCCUUAUUUGUGUGCCAACUAUCUCAUAUUACAGAUAGUUCCUUGUGAAUGUAUUUUGUUCACUUUGCACGGACAUCUGAACCUUGAGACCAAAAAUUUGCAUAUAACAUGCUAAGAAAGUAACAUAUUUGUUAAAGUAUUAUCACAUUUGUAAAUGUUUUAAUGUUUCUGUUAAAUAAACUCUUUUCUUUUUCAUAUUGUUUUAUAAGUGUUUGUGCAGUUAGGUAUUUAUAUUAAGGGUGUUACCAAAACGAGGAAAACAUAUAGAGUACUUCGGCGACAGCCAUUUUCUGAGUUAGCACCAGGCGAGCGUGAGUUGCGCACGGCACAGGUAAUAUAUAUGCUUACACCAAUAGUGUUACCAAAAUGUGUGUGCUUCAUCUUUAAGAACACGUGCGGUGUGCGCAUGAGCACGGCACCACCUAAAAAAAUGACUUCUUAUUUUGUCUACCAGAUUACACAAUACGUAAUAGUCUUCCAAACAAAAGAAUUUUAGGAAUUGGGUUUCCAUAUCUUACUGCCAAGAUGGUGGUUUCUUUUAUUUUUAGUUUGUUUUGGCAUUGCCUUGUCUAACUGCCAUUUAUUUUGCCAGCUUGAUAAUUGUAGGGAUUUAUUUUCAUCUUUCAAAUCUACACGUCUUCGCACAUUGUAUUUUUGUAAGAGAAUAAAGAGAAUUCUUAAUGUUAU